AUGCCUCAUUCAGGCCCGCCUCUGGGCUUUCAAGCCCUCAUCCUGUGUGGGCCUGGGGUUUCGCUGAACACGUUCACAUCCAUUCCCGAAGAGUUCCCUAAAGCUUUGGUUCCUAUAGCAAAUCGGCCUAUGGUAUGGUAUCCUUUGGAUUGGUGUUACCGCAUGGGAAUAACCAAUAUUACCCUGAUCACUCCAAAGGCCAGCCGGUCGGCGCUUGAAGCUUCUUUGUCCCAGAAUCCCCACCUCACCUCCCUCCCAUCUCCGUCCCCUACAGUCAUUGCCCCGGAAGGGUUAACGCUCACAACCGGCACUGCUGAGCUGUUGCGCCUGGCCGAGAUCCAAUCAUGUAUAAAGUCGGAUUUUAUAGUUCUUCCCUGUGAUCUUGUGUGUGAUAUCCCGGGUGUCACAUUUCUAGAAGCUUGGAUGACCUCACAUGGUUCCUUAGAUGCUUCGUGGGGUGGCGAACGACUGGAUUCUGGGGCCUCGAGCUUAAUAGGUAUGGGCGGUGAACGGUGCGGUCGCAGAGGUGGAAUCAGUGUGUGGUAUCCUACUGCUCCCGAUGGUGCAAAAACAAAAACCGAAGUUGCAGAUUUCCUAGCAGUCACCCCACUAGAGAAGGACGAUGCUCCCACAACGCAUGCGGGCAGUAGCCACCCAUCAUCCCUGACUAAGUUGGUUUAUACCAUGCCUAUGGAUAGCUUGAAAGAUGCCAUAGAGGAGCAUGGAGCUUUGUUAAUACGGCACUCCUUAUUAAAACGUCAUGGAAAAAUCAAGAUGUUAACCACAUAUCGCGAUUCUCACAUCUAUAUACUUCCAUACUGGGUCAAAGAAAUGGCCAUGAUGAAUGAAAAGUUUGAGAGCAUCAGUGAAGACCUAAUAGGUUGGUGGGCUAAGGCAGAAUGGCAAAACGGCCUAGGAGAAAAGCUGGGCCUGCGUGAAAUUUUCGACUCGGAUCGGGAGCAUGGAAACAAAUACAGUAGCAAGCGUGACCAGAUCGAAGAGGAUAUCGAUUUGAUGGCGAUGAGCACUACGAAAUCAGCACGGUGGCUGGAAAUAAACUCCAACGGGACCAUGUCUAAAUCGAGACCGGGAGCACUGACUCGCAGCGAUACAAUUCAAGAAAUCGAAAUACCACCUCAGCCGGAGAAGCUCGUCGUGCCACCUAUUCUUGCAUACAUACAUUCGUCAAGGCCGUCCGAGCCACUGGUGAGGCGCGUUGAUAACUCUGCGCUCCUGCUGGCAACGUCUCUUCGUCUUGCUAAACUUGAAGCCAUCAGUGAAGCUGGAGAUUCCGCAUCACCAUUUGCUCACCAAAAUAAGCUAGCUUAUCCGGCUGGUAUUGCACAGCGGUGCACAGUCUCCAAAGCGGACUGUCUUCUCGCCGAAAACGUUACUGUUGAAGAAAAGGCUGUCAUUAAGGAGUCUGUUGUCGGCGCAAACUGUCAUAUUGCUAGUGGCGUCCGACUUACUCGUUGCCUGCUCAUGGAUGGCGUUGUAAUCGGUGAGCGCAGCCAGCUUACAGACUGCAUCAUCGGCCGAAGGGCCAAGGUGGGCCGUGAAUGCGUGCUCAAAGAGUGCGAAGUGCAAAACGGAAAUGUAGUACCUGAUGACACGGAUGCAAAGAAUGGACAGUUCAUGAUUUUUGAGGGACUGGAUGAUGAUAUGGUGGGUGUUUGUGAUGACUUGGAGAGUGAGGAUAUGGAUAUGAAUGGUGAUUAG